AUGUUAAGGUUCACUGCUUGUGCAUUAUUCAAUUCGGGGGCGUUGCAGUCCUUUAUGCCUGCAGCGUUUGCACAAAUUUGUAGUUUGCAAACUGAGCUAUUACCACGACGAGUUGUAGUGUUAAUUCCUGACGGGAAUACAGUAGCUUGUACCCGCUUGGUUAAGAAUUGUCCUAUAGAGCUGGAAGGAAGGGCGCUGAAGGCUAACUUGCUAGUAUUUGGUCAGAUGGAGUUUGACCUGAUUUUGGGGAUGGACUGGCUAUUCAAGCAUUACGCUGAGAUAGAUUGUCGGAAACGAGAAGUUGUAUUUAAACCCCCAAGUGAAAACAGGAUGAGUUACGCAGGACCAUCAGUUAAAGCCACCCCGCUAGUGAUUUCGACUUUACAAGCCAGGAAGUGUAUCGAGGAUGGAGCCUCGACUUUUCUUUUGAUGAAUGUAGAGAAGACAGGAUGUGUUACGCAGGAACAGGAUGUGCUGAAAAUUGCCUUUAGGACAAGGUAG